AGGGAUCGCGGCUGCAGCGGCGGCGGGCAGCGCCGCGGCGGCGUGGCGAAGAGCAAGAGCCGCCGCAAGAAGGGCGCCGCCGCGGUGUCCGUGGAGCCGCACCGGCACGAGGGCGUGUUCAUCUACCGCGGGGCGGAGGACGCGCUGGUCACGCUGAACAUGGUGCCCGGCCUCUCGGUGUACGGCGAGCGGCGAGUCACCGUGACCGAGAACGGCGUGAAGCUGGAGUACCGCACGUGGAACCCCUUCCGCUCCAAGCUGGCCGCGGCCAUCCUGGGAGGGGUCGACCAGAUCCACAUCAAGCCCAAGUCCAAAGUGCUGUACCUGGGGGCUGCCUCGGGGACCACCGUCUCCCACGUCUCCGACAUCAUCGGCCCGGACGGCCUGGUCUACGCUGUGGAGUUUUCGCACCGCGCUGGCCGCGAUCUGGUCAAUGUGGCCAAAAAGCGAACCAACAUCAUCCCGGUUCUGGAAGACGCCCGGCACCCGCUCAAGUACCGGAUGCUGAUCGGUAUGGUGGACGUGAUCUUCGCCGACGUGGCCCAGCCGGACCAGUCGCGCAUCGUGGCUCUGAACGCGCACACCUUCCUGCGCAACGGAGGUCACUUUCUCAUUUCCAUCAAGGCCAACUGCAUCGACUCCACUGCGUCCGCCGAGGCCGUGUUUGCCUCGGAGGUGAAGAAGUUGCAGCAGGAGAACUUGAAGCCUCAAGAGCAGCUGACCCUGGAGCCCUAUGAGAGGGACCAUGCGGUGGUAGUCGGUGUCUACCGGCCCCUUCCCAAGAGCAAGUAAUGGCCAGAGCAGGGUCUCCCUAAGCAUUUCCCAAGACUGCUGUGCCCAGUCUUCUUGUGUAUGUUUGAUUCCUGUUUGUGUUUUCGAUGUGUGUUUUGCUAUUAAAUCACAUAAAAGAAACAGUA